AUGCUCCAUCUUACAAGAUACAAAUUCCCAUCUCUUGAACCCACCAGCAUCCUUCAGGUUCCGAAGCACUUUUUGCAGGAACGAUUUCGACGCGACAUUCUGCAUCGUGCCGUCGUCUACGAGGCGGACGCAGAUAGACAAGGAACCGCUAGUACAAAACGACGCAGUGAAAUUAAUUGCUCUGGAAAAAAACUCUACCGCCAAAAAGGUACAGGUUAUGCAAGAGUAGGUGAUGCUUCAAGUCCUAUUCGUAAAGGAGGUGCCGUUGCUCAUGGUCCCAAGCCUCGAGAUUUCAGUACAAAGCUGCAAUCACAAGUCUACGACAUGGCCAUGCGUGUCGCCUUGAGCUAUAGAUUCGUAAAGGACGACUUGAUGGUCUUAGAGGAUCUCGUCGACAUUCCCGUAGGCCAAAGCCGUGUCUUGCAAGAGAUUAUACUCCAACACCAGCUUGGCCAUCCAUACGGGCGGUCCUUGUUUGUGUUACAUGAUGAAUUCUUUCAACCUAGAAACGCUAAACAAAACAAUUUUCUAAAGACUGCAUCUACUCAAGGCAAACAUAUGCAACUUUGCUCAGUUAGUGAAUUUCAAGUCCGUGAUGCCCUUAAAUAUGGUAAACUAUUUAUCGAUUCAAAAGCCAUGUCCGUAUUACUCGAGAAGCAUACUCGCAGACCCUCACUAUUCGCGCCUUCUACCACUUCUACUGCUACUACCUACCCUUCGGCUUCUACCGUUGCAAACGGAUCUCAAUGA